CUUCCAACGAGUCAAAGAAGACACGUCUGCCUCUUUCACAAUAGCAAAACAGCUUGAGUUUUUUGUUUAUAUUUUAUCUUUAGACUUUUAACUGAACCAUGUUACACAUUUUGAUAUUUAGAUAAAGAUAUUAAAUAUUUAAGAAAUUCAGGCGUUAGAUUCUGGCUAAAGGUGGAAAAUCAGGUAAUACAGCCUGCCGGAUGGUACUCGCGGGUCCUUAAAACUUCGCUUGUUGGACUAGAGAGUUUGACAGCGCUGGCGAAUUAAGCAGAACAAAGACACUUUUACAGGUUUAGAACACAUUGAGGAUAUUCUGGGCAUGGUGUUAGUUUGAGUGACCGCUGAAGACACAAUCAGAAUGGCAGGAGUUUUCACCAUUGACCUGGAGGAUUCGAGUGAUGUGGAGGAUGAAGACUGCAACUUUACAGUAACAGAAACAGAAACAGACAGUGUUCCAGCAAAAGAAGUGGAGCUGACGGGUGACAAUGUGAACAGAGGGCGUGAGAAAGUGGGACCGGACUGCUUUGAGUUACUCAGUGUUUUGGGUAAAGGAGCAUAUGGGAAGGUCUUCCAGGUGCGAAAGGUGCAAGGUGCCCAGACUGGUAAAAUAUUUGCCAUGAAAGUCCUGAGAAAGGCCAAAAUAAAAUGUAAUGCAAAGGACACAGCACACACCCGCGCAGAGCGGGACAUCCUGGAGACGGUUCAACAUCCGUUCAUCGUGGAACUGUGGUAUGCCUUUCAGACCGGUGGCAAACUCUACCUUAUACUCGAGUGUCUGAGCGGUGGAGAGCUAUUCAUGCAACUAGAGAAGGAGGGCAUCUUUCUGGAAGACACUGCAUGUUUCUAUCUUGGUGAGUUAACAUUGGCUUUGGGACACCUGCACUCCAAUGGAAUCAUCUACAGAGACCUGAAACCGGAAAAUAUUAUGCUUAAUCAUCAAGGACACAUUAAACUGACUGACUUUGGCCUGUGUAAGGAGUCCAUCCAUGAUGAUAGUGUCACACAUACUUUCUGUGGUACCAUUGAGUACAUGGCACCAGAAAUCCUGACCCAUUCAGGGCACAACAGAGCUGUGGACUGGUGGAGUCUGGGAGCCCUGAUGUUUGACAUGAUGACCGGAUCGCCUCCUUUCACCGCAGGGAACAGAAAGCAAACCACUGAGAAGAUUCUGAAGUGUAAAUUCAAUCUCCCGCCCUACCUCACAGCUGAUGCUAAAGACAUGAUCAAAAAGUUGCUAAAGAAAAAUCCAGCACAAAGACUUGGUUCCAGCAAGGCCGACUGUGAAGACAUCAAGAAACAUCAUUUUUUCAGACACAUCAAAUGGGAUGAUUUGCUGAACAAACGCAUUGAACCGCCAUAUCUGCCUAGCCUGCAAUCAGAUGAUGAUGUGAGUCAGUUCGACAGUCACUUCACCCGUCAGACUCCUGUGGACAGUCCUGAUGACACCAAAAUGAAUGACUCCGCUAACCCGUUUGCAGGGUUCACGUAUGUUGCACCAUCUGUGUUGGAGAGUUUAAAGGAAGGAUUUUCUUUUGAACCCAAACCUCGACAGAUAUGCAGACAGAACAGCAGCCCACACACAUCUAUGAGCUCUUCUGAGAUCUUUAAGAGCAGUGUUGAUGCUGAAGAGCCUCCAUAUGUCCAGAACAAAACACUUUCUCUGCAGAAUAUUGCCACACAGCCUAUCAAAACAUCAGGCCGAAAGAAGAAACAGAAAACUCAUCAAAGCGGCAGAUGAAAUAUACUGAACUCUUCAGAAGUGUUUGUGGUGUAUCAUACCGUCUGCACUGCCUUUAUUUACUUUUACAUCUGUUUCUCAUCUCUUAUUUAAAUCAAAGCAUCACUGAUGUAAAAUGCUUCUUCAUUUUCAUAAUUUUCAUCAGAUUAUGAAUACAUUCAAGAUUGGUUCUACAUGCGUCUUUGAUAUUAUUAUUGACUUGACUGAUAUUUAUUUCCUUUGGGCACACAUACAUUACAUAUCCUCGGUUGAAAUGUAUUGAUAAUUUCGCAGUCAUCAUGUGUCUAUGGCUGACCAUACAUGUUUAUUACUCUCAGUAACUCUUGGGUUGCAAAGGAGUAAUGCAAGAGGAAUGGAUUUGGACAAUUCAGUGUUAUGGAUGUGACAUUUGCAGGUCAAACUUUAAACAUAAACUUUUAGAGAAUGUAUUUUUCUGUUUAUAUUUUCCUAAACCCCUGUUGAAUGAGUGCACACCUUGGAAAAAGAUCACAUGUCUUCUAUGAGGGGAAACGUAUAUGCAUUAUAGAUGUGACAGGGGAUUUCUGUUCAUUAAAAUGCACAAACCAAACAUCUGACAACAGCCAACAACUAACAUAAAAUUAUGUUUCAAUUCUCAUUUGUCCAUUUAGUAGGAAUAUGGUCCGUUAUGGAUGUGACAGUUCAGACUAUAGAAAAACAUACUUUAAAACAUAAAGAGAGACCUUACAUGAGUAUAUAAAUUGCCAAAUAUUGACAUGUGACAUGACGUGCAAAUUUAUGAAAGCCUUUUUUUUCAUGGCAUCAGCCUAUGGUUUACUGAUUACACAACUUCUCAACAAGUGUAUCUAAAGCUGUUUUUUUACUUGAUUAUUAUUUGCAGCUGUGUUUUUAAGACAAUGAAUAAUGGAUUUGUUUCAGUGUAGUAAAACAAAGAUGUAUGUAUCGCUUUUAAAGCCACAGUGAUGAAAUCUGUGCUUCAAGGAAUAAAAAAUAUAGUGAAGUUUAUUUGUAAAUGUAACACAGGCCUUAAAUAUAAUAAAGUUUGGUCCUUAUCCUUUGAAAUGAAGACAUUUCAAGAAUGAAGACUGAUGUGGAUUA